CGGAGCGGUUGCAGUUGUGGCUGCGGAUGACGUUCAUACUCUUUGAAAAUAUGGAAGGAAGUAUCGAACCGUGGGGGAGUUUCUGUUUCUCAAUUCCGCUCAAACUUGAACUUCUUUCUUUCGGCCACGACGGUUUACUGUAUGGAGUCCUAUCUCACUUGCAAUUUCUUAUGCUGAUAUCAAUGCAGUCAUCAUGGCAGACCACGAGCUCGACAACUACAACUUGGCCGCCGCUCUCGAGCACCAACUAGGUCUUGGGCCUCCAUACUUCUACAAACGCGAUGAAGCCGGCAACAUCGUACAAUCUCACAUUCCGCCACUACCAAGAGCUCCAAGCAUGACUCUCGCUGUCGAGCCCGUCGACAUGAGCAUGAGCGCCCUCCGACAACUCAUGAAAGAACUCGAGUUGCCUGAGUCUGCUGCCCUUGAGCCUCCGGCUGGCGUUUUCUCAUCUCCGCUCUCCUCGGCCCCUGCCUCGACAGAUGGAAUGGACAUCCCUCCCUCUUCUCCCACUCGACCACGAUCGAGAUCCCCUCCUGGCGAGGAUCAACAACCUCCGCCCAAAAGGCUACUAAGGACUCGUAAGCUAUUUCCAUAUUGAUGCUGUAUGAGUUUUGUAUUGACAAGAGAUAGGCCCGGUCCUCCCGGCUGCUCUUGAUCCUGCUGCCGCCGCUGCACCUGCACCCGCACCUGGAGAUGUCGAGGCCACUAC